UUCAUAUUUAACAUAUCGAUUUGUUAAAUACUUGUCAGUUAAAUAUUAAUAUUUCGCAAUCCUGGUUAACGUUAUUUGUUACAUGAAAUUAUCCCGCAAAAAAAUUUCAGCUUUGGAAGAAAUAUUUGGAAUGUUAAAUAAUUUUUUCAGUUAUUAGUUGAAUACGAACAAAUUAUGUUUACACAAAAUGAAGUAUUUUUGAGAGAUGUACAUUUGUUGGUUACAAAAUUUUCCCAUUAUGCUCAGUAAUAUUGGUUUGUUUUCCAUAAAUAUAUCAAUAUCGAAGAAAUAUUUCUUCAUCUUGAACAUCGGUAUCUUUAUAAUGAAUUUAUGUAAAAAAUUCAAAAGAAACGCGAUGAUAAAAUACUCUGAAAGAUACGUUUGUUUAUAGGAAAGAUAUUUAUUCUCUAAUCACAUUCGGCCACGUCGUCACGUGCAUCAAACUGACGAAUGAAAACAGGGAAGCUCCGCGCUCUAUACCUGCUUCGACACUUUCAGGCACAACCGCACUAAUCGUAAGCGUAACUUGUAACUCGUAUGAGGAUCCUGCGUGUUGGUUCAGUUUAGUAGUUUAGAUUCGUUUUCGUGGUACUGUGAGUCAGGUAAGAGAAGUUUUUUCUUUUAGUAGAUUCGUUGAAUUGUUUUUGAAAGUCAUUCACACAUUCAUGUAAAAGUUAUUGCAAUGAGUUAAUAUUUGGUUUCGUUUAAGAUCCUUUAACACAUCCUAACAAUAUUCUAUUAAGUAUUAACACCUAUUAACACAUGGACACCCCAGACAUCAACCAGUUGCUCGUGCUUUGGGGCUUGGAGCAUUUAUGCAUGAAAUUUAACGGUAGGCAAGUUUUGAGUAUUUUGUUCUUUUCAACGAUAUUUUUAACUCGAGAGUGUGUAAAGUCGCAUUUACGUUCCUCUCCAUUUUUCGAUGUUUUAAUGCUUUUACGGUUGAAAAAAGUGUUUCAGUAUGUUCUGUUAUUCAUAUCGAUAUUGGCAAAGAAAAAAUUUCGAUAUCGAUAUCAUGUAAAAAGGGGGAUGCAGAGUUGGCAAAAUUCAGAAAAAAAUCCUUGUAACUGAGUAUUUCAUUUUCAUGUUUUCACGAUCCCGUUCGAAAUCAUCAAAAAACUUUAUUUGCCAGUAGGAUCGAAAUAAAUGAAAGGACAUAUUAUAUCACUUUCUGAACGUAAUAAGCAUUAAAAUAAAAAAUUGAGAGGGGCCUAAUGAGAAAACAUUUUUUCAAGUCCAGACACGUCGAUUCUGGUGCUCGAAAUAACAUACAUUUGUUGUUAUAUAACAUGAAACAUUACUAGUAAGCAUAUAUUUUUACAUCUAAGAAACGCAUAUUCCGAAGUAUCAUUAUAAUUUUAUGAUGAACGGGUAAAUAUUUACCAUUCAGAAAUGCUUAUAUAUUGACUGUGGUGCCUUAUUUUUCUGUUCAAGAAGGUGUACACCAUUUUGGUUGAUCUUAUAGAUGGUGUUAAUUUGUUUUGUUUAUUACUGCGUAUGUAUGUGUGCAUGUAUUCACAUUAUUUUUGAAUAUAACUAAUUUUCAAGAUGAAAUCAUAAGAUAUCUACCUAUCUAAAACAAACUUGCAUACCUAUAUCAUAUAACAUAUAGUAUCGUACACUUGGGCAUACUAAAUUAAACUAAUUAAUGAAGUGAAUUAUUGCAUUCAAUCUUCUAAGAAAAGUUUGUUAUAUAUUUAUGUGUUUGCUUCUUUUUGCAGAAGAAGGCAUUACCCUUGACUUAUUAAAAGAUUUUGUUGAAGAAAAACAUCUCCUGGAAUCACUGGUUCCAAGAAUUGGUGACCGCUUAAGACUAGCUCAAAAAAUAAAAGAUUAUUUUAAUGCAGGAAAGGAAUCAGAAUACACAGUAAUAUAUGACCAAGAACCAUCAAUAGAAAAUAAUCAGAUAAAUGAAGAUUUGAUAUUGUUAUCCCCAUCAACAGUUUCCGUAUCGACUAUUUCAACCCCUGCAGCAUCAACAUCAUUCGAUUUAAUAACUGAACCACCGCCAAGGAAGAAAUCAAAUAAUUUGAAUAGUUUUAUUACAAACCUUGAUUUGAAAGAAUUAUUAGAUUCGUCAGCUUUAGGAAAAGCUCUCCUGAGCUGGUACUGUGUUAAAGGAGCAUUAGAUACAGCAAGGCAGGGCUACCUUGUUGAUAUAAUAACCACUGAAAUCAUUAACAGGGGUUUCACUCAUCUCACCAAUAGUGAUUACAGUAUAUUGAGUCAGAAGAUAGUAGAAGUGUUUCCAAGUGAAAUAACAGAAGUCUACUAUUUAGCUCCUGUAAAAAAAAAAGAUUCUCCCAUUAAUAAACCAGGAUUGGCAAAAGGGAAAUUAGUCGACAAGUUUCGCAAUAGAUUGACCUUUUUCAGAGAAGCAAGAAUUCUCCCCUCUCGUACGAAUUCUGAAGUACUUUCAUCUAGUAUUCAAGAAGCAGAAGAGGAGCAUGUUGAAGACCAGUCGUUAGACUAUCAUAUUCAAUGGUUAUACCACAACAGAGAGCCACUUGAAGAUGUCUAUAAACAUUGGGAUUCAUUAUUUUCUUCACGACGUCAGAAAUUACUAAAGGAAGGAGGAGAUUUAACAGAAUUUUACAAGGAGUAUCCAAUAUUGAAGGAGUCCAUUUGCUUAUCUCUUAUUGAAAAAAAAAAGUCAAAAAAAAGUAUUUUCCUUACUUGGGAACCGACCAUAACAAAACUAAUCACGCUCAGAAGACAAUAUGUUAUAUCCGAUACUGACAAGGUUCUAUUAGAUCUGUUGCAGUCUAGUUGUUUGGAAAAUGACUACCGAGUGCUUUUGAUGUUCAGUCUGCUCCCAACGCUGUUGCCAAAUAGAUCCAGACAUGUCUAUGGCAGGAGUAGAAAGCAAUAGAAACCUACGAUCAGUGAUUCCAGAAAUGGAGUAAUUUUGAGAGUUGAUCAUCAAGGAGAUAUUGAACAUGCAUUGGAACUAAGAAGAGAAAAACUAAAGGGAUUAGAUAUAGCUUUCCAGCCAUUUAUCGUAGUCCAAUGUAAUGGAACAACUGUUCACAAUAUAUUUUUAUAUAUAAAUGACCAACUGUAUAAGGUAGGAAGUGUCUUGAAAGCUAUUGACGUUUGUUUCAAGUCCUAUCAUAGUUUUCACUUGAAAUAUCAGACAGAAAGUGAGCAUAUUUGGUUUUUCAUCCAACGUGCGUUGUAUGAUAUAAAAUCCAAAUGGGACACAGCUAUUCCGAAUAUUUUAGAUCUGGUCAACAAAACAAAGACUGACUAAUAUUACUUAUUAAUUAAAAAAUGUUGUAAUGAAUAUAUUUUUAUUUCAAAAAUGUUUAAUUGUAAAGAAUGCGUUAUUACUUU